AUGCAGCCUCGCAUACUUCUUAGACCAGCGGGGACGGCCGGAAUAUACUACAGCGCCCACAAUCUGACGCGGCGCCCCGUAGACAUAGAGCUUCCUCCCGCCAGCUCCCUGGUAAAUUUCCCACCUGCAUACACAAGAGCCCACGAAUCAAAGCCUUCGCGUUCUGAUGUCCACAACACAUCGUAUUUUGAACUAGUCAAGCAGAAAAAUGACGAUAUUUUGCAGCGGUAUAUGGCAGAAGCAAUAGCAGAUAACAAGCGUGCAAUGGCGGCAGCAGGCCUGUUGGAGCCAGAAAACAGGUCCCGCCCUCCAGAGCCCAUGAACUUUGCUCCGUCACCCCCAUCCGUGCCGUCCUCAGAGCCAGAGGCCCCUCAUGUGAUGGAGACAAUCCUGCAUCUCAGUAAGUCAGUUCCUAGGGACUCUUCGGUCGAUAUACCGUGCCCAGUUGUAUCUAUUCCCAGCGCACUCCCGCCGUCUGCUCCUAGUAAUAGCAGCAGCGUAUAUUCCACAUUACCUCCUUCCCACCUGAACACUACCACGUCCCCAGCUCCGACUACAACCAAUGCACCUGUUUCGAAUGGCACUGAAGGAAAGAAGAGAACGUCCUCCAGUGGCAUUUCAGACGAAAAAGUACACAAUGUCCCUACCAAUUCUGCAGAGAUCUUUGCCGAGCUCUUAAAACCUAAACGCACAAAGAAGAUCCGAUCCUCCUCGAAGCGGCGUAAAGACAAAGAGAAGCUAUUAGAAAUCGCGGCUAGAAACGCACACCUGUCGCAAACAUUCACUCAAUCCAUACUGAACUUAGAGCACUUAUCACAAAAGGAAAAAGAGCUCUCCCAAUACGCACACUUUGCGACAGUCCUCCAAAGUGAAAGAGCACAGUCUGAUCAGAGGGAGCAGGCGCAAGCGCAAGCUAUCCAGCUGUUGCUCAGACGGAUAGCAGACCUUGAAGACUUGACGAGACGCCAACAAAUGGCAGCUCCUGUCCACCCUUUUAUUCCAUCCCAUAUGCCACUACAGCCUCAUGGCACCAUGCCCAGUGCACCCAACAUCGCUGCGGCCCCGUCGUGUCCAGCUCCUCCUUACUGGCCAUAUUACUCAAUGCCGCCCAACCCUGGCGUCUACUCUGGUCCCGAACCAGGUGCUAUGGAUCAGAGUUCAGGACCCGUGGUCCGCCAGCAUAUUGAAGUAGCUACACCAUCUCAAGCCCCGCGUAUUGACAGUAGCACUAAUAACUCUCUGUCUAAGCCUGUAGUUAAAGUAGACAAUUUCGAAUCUAUGGCGACUUCCCAACCGGUCUCAGCUGAAGACCUUACCUAUGAUCAAGAAAUUAAUCCUACCAUUUCUAAGUUUCUCACCACUGAUGACUAUACGGAUGACGAGGCAGGCCAUCGGAGAACGCGCUUUAGGGCAAAAGUGUUUACGACUAUACCGCCUGAUCCCCCACCCUUACCAGUUGACGAUAGAUAUAGUGAAGCAACGGUAAUCCCGAGGAUAUCUAAUCGUGAAGCACUGCGGGCAGAGUCACCGGACUUUUCGCCUCCGAUUGUUCAGUCCUUUAAUAUCAUUAGAUUGCCUCCGCGACCUGUUAAGAAGGCGACAAAAGAGACACCUACCUUCAUCUCAGACAAUCCAGUAGGUGCUUCUCAUAACAAUAUAAGGGCUGCAGAGUUCGCCAUGCCCUCUCCUAUAGACAAGUCCAUAUCUGUCUCUACCGAUAAGGAUCCUUCUUUCCAAUUUCCUCGAGCAACUGUGACGACCAACUUUCCUUCUAAUAUUCCCAAGGACCUUAUGCCCAUUAAAUCCGCAGAGGUUACUUCUGAACAUUCUGGAACCAAGAUUGGUUGCUCUCAGGGAACCGCAAAUGAAGCUAGUAGUAACACUACAACGCAAAACAUCUUACACGAGUCUCUUCAUGAGAAAACUUGGCCUUCUUCAGAUUCUAUUUCUAGGCUAAUAGAGCAGACUGAGGAGACCCUGACUGCAGGAAUUUCCUUCAAACUUUCUUCUGACCAAUGUGCUAAUAGUAGUAACCACGCGCAUGACAAUCUAAAGCUGUCUUACCCCACGGAUGAACACGGCCCGGCGCCAAUUUCUUCAGGCUCUUCUCUGGAAAGCAACCCCUUAGCGCCCAAUCUUGAGUAUGAUACUAAGAUAUCCUAUCCACAUGAGCAACUCAGAGAAGCGGACUCGCCUCAUGCGCUCCAACUAUCAUAUGAUAGGGAGCCAACUAGGGAUGACAGUGCUUCAGCAUCUAGAAACCAAAAGGGGCGCCGCAUUAAGUUCAUGGACUGUUCUACUAGCUCCUCUGGAGCGCUGUCUUCUGCCAGCAAGGCUAGCACAGUUUCAGUGGAGGUGAUUGAGUACGAAGAGGAGGAGUACAAAAACGCGUUCAAGGCUGUCCAGAACUCCAAUCCUACAGGAUUGCAUACUACAUUGCAAGAUUCUUCCUCUAGCUUAGAUGCCCAGGGUUGCGCGUUUCUGCAACCACGGCUAGGGUCCAAUCUUAACAUUACCGGCGUAUCUCCUGCAUUUCCUAGCUCACUUUCCCCUAGAAGCUUCGGCCAAAAGUCCAGUGCAGCCAAGUCCGGAAAGUCUGGGACGAGUGAUAUUUUGAAUGAGCCGUCAAUGGAUAAAGUUGCAAAUCCAUCAGAAAUAUCCAGCUCGUUGCUGGAGCCGCAAGGCACGAACGCAGGGCCGAAAACACACCCACAUGACACAGCGCAUCAAGCAGCUCUACCACAGAAUAACGAGUCUCGUAGCUCAGGAGACAUAGUGAGUGAUUUCGCUGAUCUGGAGUUGGAGAUUCAACAGGAGUCUGCUACCAGCGGGCCAAAUCAGUCCCUAGGUGCAAUGAAUAGCCUCAUAGAGAGUGUCUCAAAUCAAGCCAGUAUGUUCAAACGUAGCUUGGAGGAGGCCUUGCGACGCAGCCAUGACGCCUCUCUAAUCGUUGACGGGGUGAGUACUCUGUCUGAGCAGGAGCAAGUGCUGCGACGACCCCCCAGUCAGGACAAUCACCUCGAUCCAGAAGACUACGAGCUCGACUUUAGUGCUGAUAAAAGAGCUAGUUCACUAAGUGAGACUUUUGACAGAAGGUCCAGGACAUCUGAUGUGUGCUCGGCGAAGGCACCUCUUACUGCAACCGCUCUUCUUAGCACCAUACAAAAAGGUCUCAGUGCAAUGUCAUUCUCGUCUCGGCACAGUCUAAACAGUGGCCAAAACAGUCUCCUUACUCAUUCUACGGAGUCUCCUAGAGAUUACAAGCUCUUCUUACCAAACGAUUCGUCUAUCAUAGGGUAUCAGCCGGAAUUUGUGCCGCCUGAAGAUGAAUAUAUGGUUGAGGAUCCUGAGCUAUUCCCCUCACAUUGUUUGGAGGACAUAGAGGGUUCUGUUCCAAGCACUCAGAAUCAAGAUCAGAUUGUGACGCAGGGUGACAUACACGAUGACAUCGACUUAGAUACAUCUCAAGAUGGAUGCAGUGAAGACCGGUCUGCUCACAAUGAGGACUACAUAUCGGGAGUUGAUGUUCCCUACGUAAGUCUGGAGACUGCAGGCUCGUCAUCUUGCGCAAAUGAGCUCCCAGAAAGCUCCACAAAGGAGGCUGUUGUCUUCAAUAUGAAGCUGCACGGAGUGGGCGCCAGUGCCUCUCUAGCCUCGUCACUGAGUGUUCCGUCACCCAAGAGAACACUUAUUCUAAACCAGAACCAGGGUCCUCCUCACGGGCUAGGCUUUGGUGCUGGCCAGCGAAAAGUGUAUGGAGCUACAUCAAGCAUGCCCACAUUGCCAAUUGUACAAACUCAGAGCGAUAGAGCCUCCUCAUCAGAUGACUUUAAUGUCGCAUCGCUUUCGUCUAAGACUGAAUCCACAUCACCGCUAAAGCCUACACAGGUCAGCAAAGCAAGCUUCACGUUUCUUCCACAGAACCGAUUCCCUGGAGGAGCAGGCCCUGUCAAUCCAGUUGCGUCGGAGUCUGAGCCAUCUCCUGAAGAGAGCUGCGGUGUUGCCACCAGACCACCUGCUAUUCCACAACAAGCUGUGGCCACUACUGAUUCUAAUGCCCCCAAGCACAUGCAGCCAAACCUAGACGAAGAGCUGGAUACCAUCCCUGACUUGGACCUCCUAGGCAGCAUGUCCUACAUUCCUGAUCUGAAUAGCACAUCCAUCAGUGAAGAAAAGUUACUGAAAGAUCGCUCAUCGGGAUCGUCGCGUGCACAGACAAGGUUUUCUGUCAAUGUGGAUAUCGAUGGGGCUGACAACUUCUAUGAGUUAGACAUCGAUUUGGGCGAAGAUGGCUCCGAAUUUGAAGAUCUAUAG